AUGUCCAGCUUUCCGGCGGCGACGGAAGAUAAAAUGAAUGGCAACAUGAACAUUGUUUUUGUGGUGAUGUUCAUCGUAACGGGUAAGAUUUUUUUGGUUGAAAUGAAAACGCUCGCAGAAAAGAUCCUCUAGCCAAAAAAUAGGGAACUUUUGAGGAUUUACCUAAACGACAGCAAGUGCACUGUCACGGUAGUUAAUUUUUCGUUGCGCUUUUGAAACUACUGAAAACUUGCUCAAACACUCUUUGACGGUCAAGAUGAAAAUACUUCAUAGUCGCUAACUAGUCAAAAUUUUUUAGAUAAUUAUUCCUAAAAUUCGGAAAGCAGGCUAAUCCUGCUAGUUAGAAAAUUCCGAUCUCUGAAAAUAGAAGAUUGCCCAGGUAGCAACAACGAGGGAUCUUCAUCUAGACCAUUAGAAAGAUUUGAGAGAACUCGUAAAAUAUUCCAAACGGCAAAUAGAAAUGACUUUUCUUGGGGAUGAAAAUCCUGAAUUAAUUUUCAGUUUUUCGAAAAAACGGAACACCAGGGCGCACUUAGAAGCAAACUUAUAAUCUGUUUUUGAAUUUUGGUCUCCGCUUUUUUCCUACUCACUGCCCAGUAUAUUAAAGAGCUUCGGAAUAUUUUGAGAGCCUUUAACAUAGUAAUAAGAUCCUGUAGUCUGUUGGUCAAUUUGAAAAAUAAUGUUCGAAUAAUGAAAUGAGGUUUUUCAGCACUCGUAAUGACUUAUAUUCACAACCCGUACCGCCAACAACGCUUCGAGGAGUACAUGCGAGCGCGCAGCCACGUGGUCCAUCCUCACGUGGAACUCCGCGAAAUCGAGAACGACGAAGACGAAGGAUCCCUCCUUCAGGGCGAGCACAUCGCCCGCAACGGCCACAAAUAG